CUUCUUCUUCUUCUUCUUCUUCUUCUUCCCUUCACCGUGUUCAUAUAAAUCUUCUGCCCCCCAUCUAUUCAGCGGGGUAAUCAUCGAGCCUCCGUCUGUCUUUGUACUCCGUAUUCAAACCAAAGCUUUCCCGACUAUUUAAGUACCUUGCCAACCCCGAAGCCAACGAGGUGGCUGCAAGCCAUCCAGCGUCUCUUCGUUGAGCGAUUCAGUCACAAGACUCGUUGCUCAAGUUUUGCGACACACAAGGCAACAACAGACAACUACGCGACACGACACAUCACACCUAAUCCACCAUGAACUAUCUAUACUCGACCGUAAAUACGAUAAGGGACAAAUACACCCCCGUUUCCCAUACAUCCACUUUCCGCAAGACCGGCCAGAUCACACCAGACGAGUUUGUCGCAGCGGGCGAUUACUUGGUCUUCAAGUUUCCCACUUGGCAAUGGGCUGCCGCCGACAACGAGUCCAAGCGCGCCAGUCAUCUACCUGCGGAUAAGCAAUAUCUCGUAACACGCAAUGUGCCAUGCCAUCGCAGACUAGACGAUGACUUCGCCGGAGAUGCGGGUCACGAAGAAGCUGUCGUCGGCGAUGGCGAUGAUUUCAAGCAGAAGAGCGGCGACGAUGAUGACGGCUGGCUGCGCACCGGCGGCUUGAGCAGUUCGCAACCUCUUAAGGCCAAGGAUGUCCGAACAGUCGACGAAGCAGGAAAUGUGGGUGUCUUGGAAGACGAAGACGAGAUUCCAGACAUGGAAGAUGAAGACGAUGACGAUGAGGCCAUUAUCAGAGACACCGACGCACAGAAGAAGACAGGGGCACGUCGAACAUACAAUCUCUACAUCAUGUAUUCGCCUUAUUACAGGACUCCACGGCUCUAUCUUUCCGGCUAUACGGAGGGACAGCCAUUGGCACCACAUGCUAUGAUGGAGGAUAUCGUUGGUGACUACAAGGACAAAACCGUGACUUUGGAAGACUUCCCAUUCUUCGCCAACGCCGUCAAGAUGGCUAGUGUUCACCCAUGCAAGCAUGCCUCAGUUAUGAAGACUCUCUUGGAUCGCGCCGAUGCUGCCCUGAAGAUCAGAAGGGAUAAGCUAAAGGCAGGCAAGAACAUUGGUCAUGAUGCUGGAAUGGAGGGCUUGGUCGAUGAGAUCAACAAGCUCGACGUGAAGAGUGCCGAAGUCGCGGCUGCCGAAUCUAGUAACGAUGAGUGGGAAGAGGUUGAGGCCGAGGAGCAGGAUGUAGCGAUCAGGGUUGAUCAGUAUUUGGUGGUGUUCCUGAAGUUCAUGGCCAGUGUUACACCAGGCAUUGAGCACGACUUCACUAUGGGCGUCUGAGCGACUUUUUUGCGUUAUGAUUUUGAUUCCCCCCCCC